AGGCGGGGUUGUCAACUGAAUUCUUGUAACCAGCAUGCCAACAACUGAAUCAACCCCACUAUUACCUUCCAGUCAACCUAGUUCAUCUUCCAUUACAUUGCCAAGAACAUGGCGGCGAGCCUUGGAAUGGGGACUUAUUUGUGGCCUUGCUGUAUUAUUAUUUAUCACUGCACUUGUGUUUGCCGAACAAAAAUUCGGUGGACACCCGUCCAUGAACAUGGUCAUCAAAGCGCUACACACCAAUGAUGUCAUGGAGCAUCUCAAAGCGCUGGUGGAAGUAGCAAAACACCACCACAAUUCACGCAGCAUACGGAACGGAUACAAUGCAUCAGCUGAAUACAUUAUUCACCAAUUGGAGGAUUCUGGAGCCUGUGAUGUAUCCACGCAGAUCUUUCCUGUCUCGAUGUGGGAGAAGAAGGAAAAUACCGAAUUCAUUAUAUUGACUGGUGAUGUUGCUGUAUUUGUAGACCAGCAAGAUUUUGCUACUCUGAAAUCCACAGCCCCUUCCACUCUUUUGUUCGACAAUAGACUCAUUGAGAUCGAUGACUUGUGUAGUGCACAGGAAUGCUCCAGAACUGUUCAUAAAAAACUAGUCAUAGCACCAUAUUCCUAUCAGAUGGAGGAGAAUGUGGACAUUGCAAAGCGUCUUGCCAAGGCAAAUGCGGCUGCCGUAUUGUUUGUCCUUUCAAGGUCUUCCAAUCCGGUGCACUUUGAAGAUCAGCAUAACAGCUUUUUCGAAAGCAAUGUCACAUUACCUGUUUUUGUUAUGGAUAACAACAUGUAUACCAUUUUACUCGAUGUGAUGCAGGGCGACUACCUUGUCAACAUUCAAACAAGCGUGCUCAUUACCACGACAUAUACAUACAAUAUUCUAUGCAACUGGAAAUCGGGAGACGAUAAGAACAAGAUUAUCGUAGGAUCUCAUUUAGAUUCGGUUGAAAAUAGUCCUGGUAUCAAUGCUGGCUCAGGAGCAGCCACCUCACUGGCUAUUGCCUUGACACUUGCCAAGCUCAGUUAUCAGCCUACCAACCAACUAGUUUUUGCAUGGUGGAGUGGAAAGGAAGUUGGAGAUGCUGGUAUCUCCCGCUAUUUGCACAACAUGACUGAAGAACAAGUUAACGCCACGACUGCUUAUAUCAAUCUUGAUAUCUUGGGCAGCCAAAACUACAUUCCAUACAUUCUCCGCACCAACCCCACAUCCGAGGUGGUAAAUGGCCGGUCACAGCAGAUAGCCAAGAUUUUUGAGAAGUACUUUGAUCAAGUAGGCUACAAGUACGCGCACACUUCCACUACCGAUGGUACGGAGCACGAUGUAUUUGCUGUCAAAGCUGGUGUAGCAUAUGGUGGACUGUACUCGGGAAUGGGACCUAAGACACCGUCUCAAAAGAGAAAAUUUGGAGGAAUAGCCUACGUAGAUGCCGACCCAUGUUAUCAAUUGGCUUGCGAUACAUUGGAUAAUGUCAGCACAGAGGCAAUCAAUUUGCUCUCUCACGCUGCUAUCUAUGUUAUUCAUGCGCUGUCAUCGACACUGAACCUUCGUGGCUAUUUGGAUGGAACGACGGUUUGAUCCAAAGGAACGAUGAUAUAACCGAGCGGAGUUUAACACAUGUGAAAGGGCGAAAAAGCAUUGUGCUUGAGUCAGCCGUUUUGAGAUAUCAUAGGACUUAAUAGUAAUAAAAGUACCGAACCCUUUGUU